ACCGCAGACCCAGGCAUGGUCAUGGACAGUGUGGAAGCAGGAGACAUGACACCUCCCACCAAAAGGAAGAGCAAGUUCUCAGGCUUUGGCAAAAUCUUCAAGCCCUGGAAAUGGCGGAAAAAAAAAAGUAGUGAUAAAUUCAAAGAGACAUCAGAAGUUUUAGAGCGGAAAAUAUCUAUGCGAAAACCGAGAGAAGAGCUGGUUAAAAGAGGGGUUCUUUUGGAAGACUCUGAGCAGGGUGGUGAGGAUCCAGGGAAAUUGAGCCAUGCCAUGUUAAAGAAUGGCCAUACCACCCCCAUAGGGAGUACCACAUCUUCUAGUUCAGUCCAAGCAGAUGAAGAGUCAGGAAGAAUCACAAGUCUUAGGAAACCUGUCCCAGAAGAGGACCCAAAGAAGCGACUAGGCUCGACUGGAAGCCAGCCUGAUUCCGAAGCAGAGUCCGUUCCUGAGAAUGUACCCAAACAGCCUUUACUUCCCCCUAAAAGACCCUUGUCCUCUUCUCACGAAGCAAACGAAGGGCAAGCAAAGGAUGCCACUUCCUCUGGCGGCGCAGCAAGGUCCAUCUCCUCCACCUCCACUGCCGCCUCCACCUCAGCACCUGCCGCCACCACUCCUGCCACCAACCCAGCAAAAACUGUUAGUUCCUCUGUCCCCCCCUCCCCAGCGCCCAGGACUCUGCCUGCCACUCCUGCCAGCACUAACACUACUGCCACCCCGAGCCUCACUCAUACGGUCCCUGCCAAGCAGCCCCCUAUCCCUCCCCCUAAACCAGCUCACAGAAAUAGCAACCCUGUCAUUGCUGAACUGUCCCAGGCAAUAAACAGCGGUACAUUGUUAUCAAAACCAUCCCCACCUUUACCACCAAAGAGAGGCAUUCCGUCAGCCUUGGUACCCACCUUGGAGUCUCCUGCCACCGCCACCGCCACAAAAGCACCAUCUGAUCAGAGAGAAAAGAGCACAUGCUCUGUGGGCUCUGAACCACUGUUGAUGAUCCCACCUCUCUCUCCGUCCCCACCGCUGCCUACUCAUACACCUCCUGAACCCCCACGGUCCCCUCCAUUCCCUGCUAAGACUUUUCAAGUUGUGCCAGAAAUUGAGUUACCACCGUCCUUAGACCUACCCCAGGAGGUUUCCCAGCAGGAAGAUCAGAAAAAGGAAGUGCCUAAGAGAAUGUUGGACCACAGCUUUGGAGAGCCCCAUGUACCCUGUAGGCUGCCUCCACUCCCACUGCAUAUCCGAAUCCAGCAGGCCCUGACCAGCCCGCUUCCCAUGACUCCUCCCUUGGAAGGCUCUCACAGAGCUCACUCCUUGCUCUUUGAGUACAGUGACAACUUUUCUGAGGACAGCAGCACCCUAGGUCGGACCAGGUCACUUCCCAUCACUAUUGAAAUGCUGAAAGUUCCAGACGAUGAAGAGGAGGAGGAGCAGACCCCCCCAUCUGCAUUCACUGAAGAUGUGGCAUCUACCUCAGUUGUUCCCAAACUGCCACGGUGUCUGCAGGAAGAGGAGGAAGAGAAGGAGAGUGACUCUGAUUCAGAAGGUCCCAUUCAGUACCGAGAUGAAGAGGAUGAAGAGGAGAGCCAUCAUAGUGCUCUGGCCAACAAAGUGAAGAGGAAGGACACACUGGCAAUGAAGCUGAACCACAGACCCAGUGAACCAGAGCUGAACAUGAAUUCCUGGCCUCGGAAAAGCAAAGAGGAGUGGAAUGAAAUACGGCACCAGAUUGGGAACACACUGAUCCGACGACUGAGUCAAAGACCGACAGCAGAAGAACUAGAACAGCGGAAUAUACUACAACCUAAAAAUGAAGCUGAUCGGCAGGCAGAAAAACGAGAGAUUAAACGUCGUCUUACGAGAAAGCUCAGUCAGAGGCCGACUGUGGCUGAACUACUUGCCAGGAAGAUUCUGAGAUUUAAUGAAUAUGUGGAGGUAACAGAUGCUCAAGAUUAUGACCGGCGAGCCGACAAACCUUGGACCAAACUGACCCCUGCUGACAAGGCUGCCAUAAGAAAAGAAUUAAAUGAAUUUAAAAGCUCAGAGAUGGAGGUUCAUGAAGAGAGCAAACAUUUUACACGAGUUGUGGCAACUCUGUGGGAGCCAGCCACCUGCUGUGGGCCCCCACGCUUCCAGCCAGAGUCCCUGCAAGGUCCUAGGGAAGUGGGGUGCGGACCAGAAGAGGACUUUGGAGGCGAAAGUGACAUCAGCCACCAUUCUUAUUCUGACAACUUCGAAAUCUGCAACUCAGAUUUUGUGCUGGACUCCAACCCUACAUCCAGUUGCCCUUGGGACGUCUAUACACCCAAAUGUCCCCAAGGUCCAGUGGGACAGUAA